CGCUGGUAACAAAUUUCAGUGCGGGCCGCAGCUGCACAGGCUCAGAUCUCUCCGUGCUUCGCUGUCCCCUUCCUGUCUUCCCUACCACCACCCAGCACCUACCGCGCUCAGCUACUCCAGCCCCUUCCUGUGCCCUGUAUCAGUAGCCCGGGCUGCAGCGCUCCAGGAUCGUGGCUUUCUCUGGGGGCUGGAGCCAGCCCUUGGGGCAGCCCCGGGCUCUGCCGACACCAGCCCCUGAGCCGGAGCCUGCAGGAUUUCUGAUUCUCAAAACCCAGUGUGGUUUCCAGAUGGAGCAAGGGGAAGAGCUGUGGGUCCCAAAUCUCCAGGGUGCUGAGAAAAGGGAGAGUCCAAGAGGCUCCUGGGCAGCAGGUGAUGGGAUGGUGAGUGAGAGCGAGGAGGAGAACCCUGAGCAGGAAGGUCCUGAGCAAGUGGAACUGUAUGAGGUGGGACCAGGGAGAUCAGAUGGGGAUGUUUCCCCCGAGCAGGGCAAAGCCUGCGGGAGUCAGGGCAGGUCAGAGAAGGAGCAGGAAAGCCACCCAGAAGAGAGACAGGAGAAUCCCGGUCACACUCGGGGAUAUUUUGGGAGACACAAUGACUCUACGAUCCACAGGGGACCCUGCCCUGGGGAGAAACCCAACACGUGUGAGGACUGUGGGAAAAGCUUCAGCCUGAGGUCAAAUCUGAUCACCCAUCAAAGACUGCACCUGGGGGAGAGACCCUACCAGUGCCCGGAGUGCGGGCGCUGCUUCAGCCAGAGCUCGCAUCUCAUCACGCACCAGCGUCUGCACACGGGAGAGCGACCCUACCGGUGCCGGGACUGCGGAAAGAGCUUCAAUGUGAACUCAGACCUGAUUAAACACCAGCGAACGCACACAGGCGAGAGGCCCUAUCCCUGCACCGAGUGUGGGCGGCGAUUCAGCAGCAGCUCAAACCUCACAAGGCACCAGCGGCUGCACACAGGCGAGAGACCCUAUCGGUGCGAGGCCUGUGGGGAAAGCUUCCGGGACUGCUCAUCCCUCACAAUCCACCAGAGAGCGCACACGGGAGAGAGGCCCUAUGUCUGCCCCGACUGCGGGAAAGGCUUCACUGACAGCUCCCUCCUCAUCAAGCACCAGAGGACGCACCAGACAGAGAAGUGCUUUAACUGCCCUGACUGCGGGAAAAGCUUCUCCACCAGCACGUACCUGGCCAGGCACCAGAGAACCCACCUGGCCGAGAAGCCCUAUCAGUGCGACGAGUGCGGCAGGGGAUACAGCCAGUUCGCUCACCUCACCACCCACCAGAGAGUGCACACGGGAGAGAGGCCCUACAUCUGCCCCGACUGCGGGAAAAGCUUCACCACCAGCUCUGCCCUGACCAAGCACAAGAGAAUCCACACAGGAGAGAGGCCCUAUGUCUGCCCUGACUGUGGGAAAAGCUUCACUCAGAGCUCAAACGUUAUCACCCACUGGAGACUCCAGCAUGGGAAAUCCCUCUACAACUACACUGCAUAUGUCUGCUGGCUGUAUUCACACGGACAGAAGGGUUAUGAACUUUUCCACACCUUAGAGUCCUUCCCUAAGGUCUCUCUGGGCCCAGCCGGGGGGACUUUCUCCGGGGGCUGGAACCAGCCCCGGGCUCUGCCGCCACCAGCCCCUGAGCCGGAGCCUGCAGGGUUUCAGUUUCCUAAAUCUCCGAGGAUCCCUUGGAUGGAGCAAGAGGAAGAGCCAUACAUCCUGGAUCUCCAUGUCUCCUCAGAAGAGGAGAUCCCAAGUGAUGCUAGCACAGCAGGCAACGGGAUGGUGAGUGAGAACGAGGAGGAGAACCUUCAGCAGGAAAGUCCCAAGCCAGUGGAACAUCACAGGUUGGUAGCAGGAGGAUAUGAAGGGAACGUUUCCCAGAGCCCUGAUGAGGGAGAGGUCUGUGAGAGUAAGGACAGGUCAGAAGAGCAGCAAGUGGAGAGACUGGCUGUGCCCAAUCCCUGGGAGGGGAGCUACCAGGAGCUUGGAGAUGCCCAGCAGGCCCUGCAGGUGGGUGGGAAGCAGAACAGCUGUGCCGAAUGCGGGAAACACUUUUCCCGGCGCUCGCACCUCGUCAUCCAUCAGCGCAUCCACACAGGCGAGAAGCCCUACCAGUGCUCUGAGUGCGGGCGCCGCUUCAGCCAGAGCUCCACACUGAUCAGCCACCAGCGCACCCACACAGGUGAGAAGCCCUACACCUGCCCCGACUGCGGGAGGAGCUUCAGCCAGAGCUCCACGCUGCUGACCCACCAUCGGCUGCACACUGGGGAGACGCCCUACAAGUGCCUGGACUGCGGAAGGAGCUUCAGCCAGAACUCCACCUUCAUCAUCCACCAGCGCACCCACACCGGCGAGAAGCCCUACACCUGCCCCGACUGUGGCAAGAGCUUCAGCGUCAGCUCCUACCUCAUCACCCACAACCGCAUCCACCGUGGCGAGCGCCCCUACAAGUGCCCAGCCUGUGGGAAGGGCUUCAUCGACAGCUCCACCUUCGUGCGGCACCAGCGUACCCACACGGCUGAGAAGCCCUACCGCUGUGUUGACUGCGGCAAGAGCUUCAGCCUCAGCUCAUACCUGGUGAAACACCGCACCCUACACACAGGUGAGCGGCCCUACAAGUGCACAGAGUGUGGGAAGCGCUUCGGCGAGAGCUCGGACCUGCUGCGGCACCACCGCACCCACACGGGCGACAGGCCCUUCCAGUGUACCCAGUGUGGGAAGAGCUUCGGGGAGAGCUCCACGCUCACCCGUCACCGGAGGACCCACCAGGGCAAGGAUGCACCCAUCUACUACCGGGGGGACUUUCUCCUGAGACAGAGACUGCAGGGGCUGGUGACCUUCAAGGAGGUGGCUCUGUAUUUCACCCAGGGGCAGUGGGAACUUCUGGACCCAGGUCAGAGAGACGACAUGCAGGAGAACUAUGAGUCCCUGAUAUUGCUGGACUUUCCGAUUCCUAAACCCAACGUGAUCUCUCGGAUGGAAACAGUGGAAGAGCUGGGUGUCCCAGAUCCCCACGCCGCUAAGGAAUGGGAGAUCCUGAGAGUAGCCCCCACAGCAGAUGAUGGGAUGGGGAGUGAGCAUGAGGAGGAGAAUCUGGAGCAGGAAAGUCCUGAGAUGGUGGAAUUGGACAUGAUGUUGCUGGGAAGAGCUGAAGAGAACAUUUUCCAGAGCCCUGAACUUGGAGAAACCUGUGAGAGUCAGUGUGGACUGGAGAGGCAGCAGGAAAACCACCCAGAUGAGAGACUAGGGAUAUCCACUCACCCAGGAGAAGGUUUUAAGGAAUUCAACAAUAUCAGCAUCAACCGGAGAACAGAUAAGUCAGAAACCCAGAAAACAUGCACUGAGUGUGAGAAAACCUUUUCUUGGAGGUCAGAGCUGCUAAUCCAUCAGAGAUUGCACACGGGAGAGAAACCCUACAAAUGCCUCGACUGUGGGAAAAGUUUCACACGAAGCUCAAACCGUAAUGCGCAUCAGAGGAUCCACACAGGAGAUAAGCCCUAUAAAUGCACUGAGUGUGGGAAAAGCUUCAGCCAAAGCUCACACCUGAUGAAACAUCAGCGGCUGCACGUGGGAGAGAAGCCCUACAAGUGUACAAAAUGUGGAAAAAGCUUCAGUUGGAGCUCAGACCUUAUUGUUCACCAGAGAAUUCACACAGGAGAGAGACCCUAUAAAUGCCUCGACUGCGGGAAAAGCUUCAAUCGGAGCUCGAACCUUAACACUCAUCAGAGGGCCCACAUGGGAGAGGGCCCCUACAAUUGCACCGAGUGUGGGAAAAGUUUCAGCUACUGCUCCUCCUUCAUUAGACACCAGAGAACCCACACAGGAGAGAAACCCUACAAAUGCACCGAGUGUGGGAAAACCUUCUUUGAGAGCUCGGCCCUUAUCAGGCACCAGAGGAGCCACACUGGAGAGAUGCCCUACAAAUGCACCGAGUGUGGGAAAAGCUUCUUCGAGAGCUCAUCCCUUAUCAAGCACCAGAGGAUCCACACUGGAGAGAAGCCCUACAAAUGCCCUGACUGCAGGAAGAGCUUCAAGCAGAGCUCAUCCCUCAUCAAUCAUCUGAGGACCCACACCGGAGAGAAACCCUACAAAUGCACCGACUGCGGGAAAAGCUUCACUGUGAGUUCUGCUCUGAUUAGACAUCAGAGGAUCCACCUGGCGAAUCUUCAAAGCCUUGCUGGAGAGGAACUGCCUGAGAUGUCUCCAAAACGAUCCAAAGGAAACGUGUCUCAGAAUUUGGACCAGGGAAAAUCCCUUAAGAGUCAGGGCAGGUCAGAAGCACAGCAGCAAAACCCUUCAGAGGAGAGAGAGGGUAAGUCCACCCACCGUGGGAGAGGCGUGAGGAAACGCAAAGACACCAUCGUCCGCCAGAGAACAUAUGCAGGGGAGAGGCCCAACAUCUGCAUCGAAUGUGGGAAAAGCUUCACCCAGAGCUCAGACCUUAUGAAUCAUCGGAGAAUCCACACAGGGGAGAAACCUUAUAAAUGUAUUGACUGCGGGAAAAGCUUCAGCAUCAAUUCAAACCUUAUCCGUCACCAGAGAACCCAUACAGGGGACAGACCCCACAGCUGCUCUGACUGUGGGAAAAGCUUCACAGACAAGUCGACCCAGACCCAGCACCAGUGCGUCCACAUGGGUGAGAAGCCCUAUAAAUGUAUCGACUGUGGGAAGAGCUUCAGCCGCAGCUCCCACCAUAAGAGGCGCCUGAGGAGCCCUCCAGGGAAAAGGCAGGACAAAUGCAUCCAGCGGGACAGCGCUGCCAUUGGGAAGGUUAAAAAAACUAAAACAUCAAAGAAGAAAACCUCGACUAUCGAGAUCCCCAUCACGUGUGCCGAGUGCUGGCAAAGCUUCAGCCAGAACUCGGACCUGGUCAAACAUAUGAGGAUCCACACAGGAGAGAAACCCUAUGAGUGCAGUCACUGUGGGAAAUGCUUCAAUGUCAGUUCAAACCUGAUCAGACACCAGAGGAUCCACACAGGAGAGAAGCCCUACACAUGCUCUGACUGCGGGAAAAGCUUCACUGACAAAUCUACCCUCACCCAGCAUCACCGGAUCCACACAGGAGAGAAGCCUUAUGAGUGCAUUUACUGUGGGAAAAGCUUCAGCCGCAGUUCCCACCACAAGAGGCAUCAGAGAACCCACACAGGAGAGAACCCUGUGUCCUUCCUGCCUUUAUGGCCGUACCCCACUCAAGCAUGUUAGGGGUUGGGGGAGGGAAGGAGAGUCCAUCAGAGCAGCAGGAGGCAGUAGCUAGAGGAGAUUGGAGCUUGUGGGAUCUGCUUUCUGGGGGUUAGUGGGGUGGGAGGGAGCUGGUAUGGCUUUUUAGCAGGGAUCAUUAGGGGAAGGGGUUGGUUCUUGGGAGAAUUGGUUGUUUUAGUGGGUUGGGACUAGGGAUGGGCAAGGAGAGCUGGCCAGUGGCUGGGGUUUGUAUUGGGAGGGCGAGUAGCUGGUAGGAUAAGGGAUAUGUUUGUCUUGUUAAAUUUUUACUAUUGGCCUGUGUAGAACGGGUUGUAGGUUUCUUGCCAUUUCCAGGUAGGAUGAGUGUCUACACCCCUGAGAACACCAGCGGGACUAACCCAGACGGGGUUCACUAUGGAAUGUCUCAGCAGAGACGCCAUGGGGACCGAGCGGGGUGCUAGCCGUGGCUCUUCCAGGAGAGGACUGCAGCACAGCUUUCACGCUGUGUGUACCAAGGGCCUCUCUCCAGCAGCAGCACAUUCACAUCUCUUUUAACUAGUUCAGGUCAAAGGCAAAUGAGGCCAGCUCCCACUCUGGUGUUAGGACAUGAGAGUCUCAUUUCUACUUUAAACAGCCCACUCAGUUACUACCAUUGCCUUCCUUUCUCUUCUGGAAUAGACAAGGCUGUGCUAGACCAGCUGUCAUACAUGGGGACUCUGUAUGCACCGUAGAACAAAUAGCGAUUAACAAAAUGUUUAAACCAAAAAUCAUUUCCA